CAGCCCAGCGAGCCAUGUUUGACACGCAACCUUCAGUCUGCCUCACGGUUACGAAAUAUGCGCUUCCUGUUGCUGUUCAGCCGGCAGGGGAAGCUUCGACUGCAAAAAUGGUUCACGCCACUAACCGAGCGGGAGAAGAAAAAGGUGAUCCGGGACAUGAUGAUGAUGGUGUUGGCUCGUCCGCCGCGCUCCUGCAACUUUCUCCAGUGGAGGGACCUCAAGAUCGUCUACAAGAGGUAUGCUAGCCUGUAUUUCUGUGCCGGUCUGGAGGACCAGGAUAAUGAGUUGCUGACUCUCGAAGUGCUGCAUCGAUAUGUGGAGCUGCUGGAUAAAUACUUUGGCAAUGUCUGUGAGUUGGACAUUAUCUUUAACUUUGAGAAGGCUUACUUCAUUCUGGAUGAAUUCCUGAUGGGUGGAGAAAUUUUAGAAACUUCAAAAGUGGAUGUGGGUGUUUCCAUAGAGGAGGCUGACACACUCCAAGAGACAAUGGAGGAGUAUAUGAGCAAACCUGCCUACUGA